UUCAGACCAUUAAAAUAACGUUCACAACGCUCGCGCUAAAGAGGUGGGUCGGCGUGAGGGCAGGAUUACGAUGAACUUUACGUAACAGGACGUGAAGUGACGUGACGUGAAUUUGACAUUUGAGAUUAUAUUUGAUAUUACGAUCAGCGUAACGUGCCGUAAUAAUGAAUUCUGCUGUGAGGCAGUAUCAAUUUGUAAAUUUAAUUUUGGCCGGGUAUUUGUAUCUUCAACUGCAGAAGAGGAAACAAAUACGAACCAUUGGUGUGAGAGAUAUUUUUCGAAGAAGAAUUAAGUUUGGUGACGGGCAUAACCUAAUAGAAGAACUCCGUUUUUGUAAUCCACACUUUUUUUUAUUUACACAAGGAUGAAUGUCGAAAGAUUUGAAUACUUGUUGAGCUUGGUUGGUCCACUUUUAAGGAAACGAGAAAUGUAUACUGCUCUUUCACCCGCUCAGAGGCUUGCUAUGACAUUGAGGUUCUUAGCAGCAGGAGACAGUCAGAAUUCUCUGAGUUUUUCUUACAGAUGUGGCCAGAGCACUGUCUCUAAAAUCUUGGCCGCAACCAUUCGAACACUUGUUUGUGUAUUAAAAAAUAUGUUUGUGAAACCUGCUUUAAAUAAUGCAAAGUGGCUUGAGUUAUCUGCUGAAUUUUGGAAAGAAUGGCAGUUUCCUCAUUGCGUGGGAGCUAUCGAUGGGAAGCACGUUCAAAUACAAGCCCCACAAGCUUCUCAAAGUAUUUAUUUUAAUUACAAGAAGACGUUUAGCAUGAUUCUACUGGUAGUUUGUGAUGCACAUUACAAUUUCAUUAUGCUGGAUGUAGGAGCAGAAGGCUCACAAAGUGAUGGCGAAAUUUUUCAAUCGUCUGAAAUGGGUCGGCGAUUGAGUGACGGAUCCCUUAACUUGCCAAAUUCAAGUUACUUGCCAGGAACUAAUAUUGAUAUGCCCUACUUCCUUGUAGGAGACGCAGCUUUCCUUCUAAAACCUUUUCUUAUGAAACCCUAUGGCGAGCGCAAUAUAUUAGGUGUAAGUUUUGUAAUUAGUUGA